AUGUCCACUAGACGAACGCCUUUGUCUAGCAACCCCAAUGUGGCCAAUUCGCCCUUGAGAUCUGCUUCUGCUCUGGCUCUCGCCAAGCAGAGGCGUUCUCAUGCCAACAUCCAGAGAGAAGAGCUGUACGGCCAGCCGCCGCCUUUGAAGAAGCAGGUCGUCGAGAACACUGCAUCCCGCCACCAACGCUCCCCAUCCAAGAUCGCCAAGCCUUCACAACUGCCCCAGCGUGUCGCCCGCCCCGUAACGAAAGAACGCUCCACCCACCACCACGAUGAUGCGAACGUCGACAAGAUCCGACAAUGGCAGGCCGAAUAUCGCGGCCGCUUCCCCAAGAUGGUCUUCUACUUCGACAGUGUUGCCGAGGACCAGAGGGCCAAGCUUUCCCGCCAUGCCAUGUCUCUUGGAGCUAGAGACGAACGCUUCUUCUCGAGCAGCAUCACUCACGUCGUGACCGCCCGUCCAGUUCCUGCACAGGAGGAAGUGCACGCCCCCGCACACCAAGACCCCGAGCCCGAAGAGCAGCCGCAGACCAUCAACCCGUCUCUUCUAGACCGGGCCCCCGAUGCACGAAGACGUUUAUUGUUUGAUCACCCGUCGAGACGGACUCACACCCAGCCGCAGGAUGACGGAGUCAGGCGUGCGCGUCCUACGCGCAGCAAUGAUGUCCUGCACAAGGCUCGUGACAUGGGAAAGAAGAUUUGGUCGGUCGAGAAAUUCCAGAGGAUGUUGCAGUUUCUGUUGGAGCCCGAUCCGCACGUUGUCGCCCAAAUUGGCCACAAGGGCGAGUCCAGGAGCUUGAGCACCAAGAGAACUGCAGACGAGCCAGGCCUGAUGCAGUUGCUGCAAAAGGAGAGACUCAAUGGUCCUUCUGACGCCGUCACGAGCCGGGAGAUGAUCAAUUUCAAGGGACCGUAUAUAUACGUCUACGACAUUGACGAGAAGCAGAAGCCCAUUAUGGUGCGGGAGUACCCUAAGGUCAACAACAAGUAUGACGGUGAAUGGCCCCAAUUUAGGACUGUCACGGAUGGCCGCUGCCCUUUCGUCGAGGAGCCGGAACAGGCUGAGCGACCGAGCCGUAAACCACAACCGCAGCAAAAGGAGCUGAAGGAGCCCAAGGGCGACAAAGAGCGCGUUGCGAAGCCUGUGGACGAGAAGAGGGCGUCUCUUCAGCCCCCUGAGGUGCCUGCGCCCAAAACUGUCAUUGGCAAGCGUACCCUCGCCGAGAUGCAAGACGGCCAGAACAAGGACAAGGCUCCAGUGAAGCCCGUAGAGAUGUUCAACCCGCCCAAGGUUGUUGCCUCUAAUCCUAUUGACUUCCGACCCCAGAAUGCCUUUACCAGCCGUGCCGGUACGGCACGUUUCUUCGCCGGCGAGCCUGUGGCCUCGGGUCUUCAGCCGUCGAAUGUUACUUCGGCCAUUCGCUCUCAGAUGAUCUCUUCUACUUCGGGUGUCAAUGGAGCAAAGGCCGGCACCAGCAAGGAAGUCCAUGGUCUGCAGCGCAAGGUGCUGCAGAGAGGUGCCCCAGCGCCCCACGAUCCCAGCUCUCGUCGCCUGACUGAGAUGAGCUUGGAUGCGACGUCUACCAGAUCUACCAGCGUUUCCAGGACCACCAGCAGACGGAUGGAGCUCAUUGAAGAGGACGCUGAGAAGCAAACUGCCAAGCUUGUUCGAACCAGCUCUAAAACUCAGGCGCCGCCUGCCAAGAGCAAGCGUGAUCUGAAGCCAGGUUACUGUGAAAACUGCCAGGACAAAUUUAAGGACUUUGACGAGCAUAUUCUCACACGUAAACAUCGAAAGUUUGCAGAAAACACCGACAACUGGCUCGAAUUGGACGAACUACUUGGCCAGCUGGGCCGCAUGCCCAAGGGCUAUGGCGACUACAAGUACCGCGCCGAGGAAGUGUCGAUCGAGGACCCAUAG